GAGUCAGCAAACCAUGUGUAGACAACUCACAUGUUUGCUCGCUUCGAGAGUCAUCAACCUCUCCCGAAGGGUACGCGAGGGACGUGCGACCCCAGGGGCGCCAUUUGCCCAGAUUCAGUGGCCAACAUUACUUCUAAGCAGGUGUUCUUAGUAUUGGACUCCAGAUUUUUUGUCUUCUAGCCUAUUGCUUUUUUACCAGCAUGAGUUAAACUAUUCCUCUCAGUGGGUUUUGCGCGUCAUAUUUCCCGGGAAAAUGGCCCUUGGCCUUUUGCAGGCUGCUUUCGCUCCCUUCAUUUCGGGCCUUCUGGUUUAGACAUCCUCUAGUUUUCAUUCUCAAGAUCUUCCUUUCAGCCUUUGCUAAGAGAAUCUUGUUCAGAGACCUCACGUAUCAGUUGUGAUUUCCCUACUCCAGUUUCCUUUCUGAGUUAGCUCUCAUGGUGCGUCACUACCGAAGUUGCCUAUUGGGGUGUGGUCAUGCUCUUACCUGGUCUUGUAGAUAACUCAUGCUUUCUCUUGUUUGCAGCUUAAGUUGUCUGGAGGAUUUCCGUCAGUAAGAAGUGGCUUUUGAAGAAGAAACAAGUGUGGUUGCAAGGCACAAUGGCUGCAAAAGUGGUCCCCAUGCCCCCAAAACCAAAACGGUCAUUUAUACUGAGAGUUCCUCCAAAUUCCAAGCUGGGCCAAGACCUACUUCGAGAUGCCACUAGUGGGCCCAAGACCAUUCACCAACUGGUGUUGGAGCACUUCCUCACCUUCUUGCCCAAGCCAAGUGUGGUCCAGCCCAGUCAGAAAGUUAAGGAGACCUUGGUUAUUAUGAAGGAUGUGAGCUCAAGCCUUCAGAAUAGAGUGCCCAGAGAAGGAACCCAGCAGAAACAGGAAUCAGUGUCUCUGUAUUCAAAAGCUGAGCCUGAGGAGCUGGUGGUCUUUGAGGAUUUGAAUGUAUUUCACUCCCAAGAGGAAUGUGUGAGCCUGGAUCCUUCUCAACAGCCCACCUCAGAGAAUGAAGAAUACGAUGUUGGGGAGAUGAUUCUGCUGGUCAAUGAUGGCAAUCAUGAGGGUGACACUCAUCAAAAGGAACCUGCAGAGAAUGAAGAUUAUAGAGAAAAGUCUUCAGGGUGUGGUGAAAUGGAUUGUUCCUUGGUCUCUGAACAAUCUCCAGAUUACCACAAAGAAGAAAGGCUAAAUACAUUCAUUCCACAUGAAAGGAAAUUGAGGAAUCUUUUAGUUACCAUUGAAAAUGAUACUCCACUAGAGGAACUCUCAAAAUAUGUGGACAUCAAUGUUAUUGCACUUACCCGAAAUCGGAGAACAAGGAGAUGGUACACUUGUCCACUAUGUGGGAAACAGUUUAAUGAAAGUUCUUAUCUUAUUUCCCACCAGAGGACUCAUACUGGAGAAAAACCCUAUGACUGUAGUCACUGUGGGAAAAGCUUCAACCAUAAAACAAACCUUAAUAAGCAUGAACGAAUCCAUACAGGAGAGAAACCUUACUCAUGUUCCCAGUGUGGGAAAAACUUUCGUCAGAAUUCUCAUCGGAGCCGCCAUGAAGGAAUCCACAUAAGGGAGAAGAUAUUUAAGUGUCCAGAAUGUGGGAAAACCUUCUCAGGGAAUGAAGAAUUUGUGCUUCAUCUGCAGAGUCAUGAGGCUGAGAGGCCAUAUAGUUGCAAAAAAUGUGGGAGAAGAUUUGGUCGGCUGUCAAACUGUACCCGGCAUGAGAAAACCCAUUCAGUAUGUAAGACCAGAAAGCAGAAGUGGGAUUGGGAAAGGUCUAAUAGUCCUGCCUCUACCUAAAAUGUUUCACUUAGGCAUUCUGAAUUUCCAGGCUGUCUGAAAAGAUACAGGUAUGUGAAGACCUCAUCAUAGCCAAAAUUGGAUAAUACCCGUCUUGGCUGAAACCUCAGAUUAUUAGAAAAUUCACAGGGAAGAAAAUAUACUCAAGGGCUAUACCUCAAUUAGCAUCCAGGCUUUUUGGACUAGGGAGCUUUCUUUUGUGAAGUUGUACAACAAUAUACAGAUCAGUUCCCCAAAAAAGACUUUGAACCUGAGUCUGGAGGCUGCUUAGCUGCAAGGUAAACAGAAUGACUCAUCCCUACUGAAAAUAUGUCCAUGAGGAUCUACACUUGAGAAAAGUGGAAAUAAUGUAAAGGUCUCUAUCUGGCAUCAUAUUCCCCUGAAAGGACCAAACUACUGAUUUUUUAAGCCAAAAACAGUUCAUAUAACCCUCUUAAGAACAACCUAUUAAAGCUUUCAUGUUGCAAGGGAUUGUUUACUUUGGAUUAUAGAAAAACUACAGCAACUGAAUGUCAAAGACUUCACCAUUUUUCAUUGAAACUAACAGUCACUUUUAAUAACAUUUGCAAUUUCUGAUGAAAACUGACUUUUACAGAAUCCUUUGAAGAUCAUAAUUUUAAAGUGUCUCCUGUUCUUACUGUGUUUUGUUCGGCUAUUGAUCUCCCAAACAGCUGUCUCUCAACCCUGAGCAAUUCCUCCCAUGCAGAAAGAAGUUCGAUCACUCAGGAAGAGCUCUUCAGAAUCUUGUCCCUUUACUGAGCCAUGAUCUUACCUGCUAAGAAGGAAAUUCCAAGACCAUGAAGAGGAAGGACAGACCUGGAGACAAGAAGAAGUUACUUGGAUCCUUGGCUGUGAAUAGCCUCAACAUAUGCUUAAUCCCUCUCUACAUAGCCACCAGGCCUUUGGCAGUGGGCUGGUCACUACCUCACAAGGCAAUGUGUUUUAUUUGUAGAAAUUACAUCUAUAGUGAUUAGCUCACAUUGCCCCUCAUGAGACAAGAUUCCGUGUGUCUUCAGUGUAGUGGAUAUUCGUUAUUGUCUCGGUGUCCCUAUAUCCAGGCCCUCCUGAGGUAUCUGCGCAGAGGCAAGGCCAGCGCUGUCUUCAUGGGACUGACUCGGCGUUGUGGUUUGAGGCAUUCUUGAUCAGUUUUGCUUGUUUGUUUCAGGUUUCCCAAAGUUUUACAUUGGGAUUUGAUUGGAAUUGGGUUAAUCUUAUAAACCAUUUGGGAAAGGUUUUUAACUUUACAAAUUCUUUUCCCCAUCCAGAAACAUGCCUUUCCGUUUACUAGAGUCUCAUAGUCCUGAGUAAAUUUUUCUCACUUUCUUCAUGUAAGUACUAUACAAUUGUGUUAUUGUAAAUAGUUUUUAUCCUUUAUAUUUUUCUAGUUGGUCAUUGUUCUUACACAACAAAUUUAUUUUUAAUUAUAUAUUUGUGUAACCAGCCACCUCACUAAAUGUUAUUAAUUUUCAAUAAUUUCUUGACUUAGUUCUCUGUUACAAGUAGUAUAAAAUUAUAUCAUCUACAAAUAAUAGUUUUGUUUUUUCCUUUCUGUCUGUUGGUUUCUGUUCAUUUAUUUGUUGUUGUUUCAAUAUAUUGUUGUAAAUUUAGUUGUUGUUUUGGUACAAAGCAUAUUAAAAGAAGAAAGUUUAGUAGUACAAUUAACUGAUUCCUAACUUAAAAAAAAAAAA